AUGGCGGACGUUGUGCAGUUCCGCCUUGAGCGGAUGGUGGACGAGCUGGAGGACCUCGUGAGAAGGGGUCUCUUCAGCCGCCAGGAGAUUGGAGAGAUAGUGAAGCGUCGGCGGGACUUCGAGUACCGCCUGAAGCGUCCCCGCCCUCUCAAGCAGGACUUUCUCGCCUACGUCGACUAUGAGACUCAGGUCGACGCCCUCCGCGUGAUCCGGAAGAAGAAAAUCCUCGGGGAGCUCAAGCGGCGGCAGCAACAGAACAAGGGGGAUAAGGACGCCGGAGAUGGGGAGAAAAAGAGUGGGAAACUGUGGAAGAGGUCCAUCUCUGACGUGGCUGGUGUUGCGAGGAUACUGGAGAUUUAUAGGCUCGCCGUGGUGAAAUACAAGGGGGACCUGGAUCUCUGGUUCCGCUACCUGGAAUUCUGCAGGGAGCGCAAGCAUGGCCGGAUGAAGCAAGUCGGUUUAUUUUCCUUUUUUCUAAAUAUUAGUCGUCUUCAUUCAUUGAUGAAAGCUUCCACCUUCUAGUUUUUUUCAUUGAUAACAUUCAUUUGUUACCGAGAUUUUUCGUCUGGUUUGGUUAAAUUUUAUGCUCCCCGGUGUUUUGGGUUUUAAAAAUCAGACGAUAUUCCGCUUGUUUGUCCGCUCAUGCGCUCUUUAACUUCAUUUUAUUGAUUAUAUUCGAAUUUCUUGCUUAAAUGAUGGCUAAUUCCUUUUCCUUGCGAUAUUAGUUGCUUGCACAGGCGAUUAGGUUCCAUCCGAAGGUCCCUGGGCUUUGGAUAUAUGCCGCAUCUUGGGAGUUCGAUCAGAACCUAAAUGUUGCGGCUGCUCGCGCUCUAAUGCAAAGUGGCCUGAGGGAGUGUUCGAGUUCGGAGGACCUUUGGAUAGAGUACCUUCGGAUGGAGCUCACAUACCUCAACAAAUUGAAGGCCCGGAAGGUCGCUCUUGGGGAAGAGGUGGGGACUUUGAAUAAGGCUGAUGAGACUGAUGAGGAAAGAAAAUGGAAAGAGGAGAAUGAGGAUUUAUUUGUAUCUCUAGAUGAAGGGCAUUUUGCUGAAGGGUCAGAGCCCCAGAUGGUCCCUUUGGAACAGAGUGAGAAUUUCUUCUGGAAACAUGGUUCAAGUAUCCUUAGAACUAUUUAUCAUGGAGCAGUUGAGGCUAUGCCCAAUAGUAUGAGCUUACGGAGGCGUUUCUUGGAAAUUCUAGAUAAUGUAGAUCUCGUUCAUUCUGAUGAAUUGAAGGGAGAGGUGAUGGAGGAUAUUAAGAGGCAGUUUUCAAAGGAAGAAGACUAUUGGGACUGGAUUGCAAGACUUCAAAUCUGUGAUACCCAAAAGAUGAAGGGUAUGGCCAAAGAUGAAGCUCUUUGCAGGUUGAAUAAGGCAGUUCAGGUCAGUGUUGACAUUAAUUUGUUGUUCCCAGUUGAUGUUCUGAUAUUAGAUAUUUUUUAGUUGGUUCAUGGUUUUUCGGUGUUGAUGUCAUCACUUAUGUAUGUUAUUCUUUGGUCUUCUCUUCUUAUACUAUGAGUUAUGUUAUGUUCUGGCUAUUUCCUAAUAAUUUAAUCUAUGAUUGAGUAAAAUAAUUGAGGUGAAACGUCCCAAGAUGGAAUAGAAAAAUUAGCUCUUGUUGCAAUUAUAUUAUUAUGAUAUAUUUAUAGAUGUCCAAAAGAUGUUCGGCAGAAUAGACAAAAGCAACUGCUCCAGAGCCGGAAGGGGCUUGUGGCAGAGGUAUUUUAUCCCAAACUACCUUAAACCAGUUGGAAUAACGUAACAAUAGUGGCAAAGCAAGAAGAGAAGCAGCCGGAUUCCACGGACGAUGCCCAUCUGUAUCAUCCUUUGUUUGACCAACUACUGUGUAAUCUCAACAUAGGUGUCACCUGUGCUGGAUCAGCGAUUUCGGCUUUUCUUAUGGUUCCAGUUUUGAUGAUUUUUUUAUGUCUUGAACAGAAGGAAAUUAGCUUUUACUCUAGCUGUUAGAGAUCUUAUCUAUGUACCGUAAACAUUUCAAUUAGUAAAUUCUUCUACAUUGGAAAUAUUACUGUGUAGUAUUUUUUGUCAAGGUGGUUUCUGUAGCAUUCUAAUUUUAAACUUUCAUUCUUGUUGGUCUCAAAUAGGUAUAUGAGGAGGCUUUACGUCUGGUGCCAUCUGCCAAGAUGUUCUCACUCUAUGCAAAGUUUUUCUCAGAUUUAUUUUCUCCAGAGGUAGAUGGGAUGUAUGAUUCAUUCUGCACUAUAGGAAUUGACAUUACUGAGUUUGACUCGUGUAUACUGAAAUUAUUUGAAAGCGCUCAAUCCUGUGGUUGCCUGAAUGAUGAUCUUGCGUACCAAUAUGUCUCGUAUUAUUUACAAAUAGGGAAGACAGAUGAAGCUAGAGAGCUUGCAGAAAAGCUUUGUGGUGGUGUACUUCCAAAGGGUCCAAGAUUAUGGAGCUUGAGGAUCUCGGUAGAAAUGAAAUGCGUUGUUAGUGGCUCUAUCGCCUUAACCACAGCUGAGCUGAAUCACAUUUUUGAUCUCUUCAAACUUGCUACCAGCCAAGUAUCCAUUUCUGAAACUGAAACCUUGUGGCAAGAGGUAUGAAUGAAUAUAUUCCGUGCCUUUUUUCUCAUUUACACAUUCAUUCUCUAUCAUCCUUUAUGAUCGUAAGGUGUAAUGUUUUUAAGAGAAAUUUUUGGGUAGAUAUGUUGCGUGUGAAACCUGCAUCAGGGAUUACUGUUCUAGUUCCAUACAAUCACUUCACUGUUUCAUUUGCUUUUGCGUACUUUGUUAUGUAUUUAGAAAAUUUUCUGGUAUCAGUAUAUGGCAAUACAAUUUUGGGGAACUCCCUUGAUUUCUUUUUUUUACUACAAAUUUUGUGGCCCUUUAUUUUUAUUCAUUCAGCUUUCACUUAUUAUAUUUUCUCUGAAAUGCUUCAUAAAUACGUUUAGUAUGGUGUGGAGUGUUUUCAUCACUUUCUGUGUGGGUGUUCUUCUACUUCCAUAUGACACAGCCUUGGACUAUCAGUUAGGUAAAAUAUUUUUGCAUAUUAAGAUGAUCCUAGAAGGUAAAACAAAGGAACAAAGGCAAACUAAGAUUGAAAUUAAUUCCAAUGUGGUCUGGUUGCCCCAGUUAUAAAUGUUUUGUUACAUAAUAGUCAACGACAUUUGCUUGUCCAAACGAUGCCAACUAGAGGUAAGGGAUCAAGUGCAAUUCUUCUCUCCUCUCUUUUCUUUCCCGUCAGGAAUCCAAUCAGCAUCAAUCGUAGUUAUCUAAUUCUCUUAACAUCAACUGUUCUUUGGCCUUGGUUUGUUUUCUUCAACCCUGGAUAACCUCUGCUAUUCAUCUUCAAGUAUCGAGCUUUCACUGGGACUGGGUCACGCGUUUAAAGGGUGUCAGCGUGACCCUGUUGUCUUUUGGGGACUUAUAUCUACAAACUCUGCUUGCACUGGAUCAAAAUUUCUACAAACAAUGGAACAUCAAGCGGUUUCAAAUGAUCUUAGGGCUGAAAUCCCUGAUGACUUUCCAUUACUAUUUAGGGCUGACGAAUGUUAGGAGACAGGCCAAUAUGUCUGGUAAAAUGUCUUCUGAUUAAGAGGUUACUGUGCGAAUGGAAUUCCUUAGUAUGGAAAAAAGGCUGUCUAUCGGAAAUGCCUUCGAAAACGGAAUCUUGAUGAAACCCAGCAAAUGAAUGGAAGAGAAGGCCAUUCAGGAGGUGCAAAGACUGGAAGAAGGGAAAUACACUAGCAUGCCAGUAUAUGCAAUAUGAAGUACAGAUGAGCAAAUGCCUUUAAAAAACGAAACCUGAUGAAAACUGCAAGCCAAUAGAAGAGAAGAUCGUUUUGGGCUCUUCUUCUCCAGAACUAAAAUACAUAGACCGAAAUGCUCCUAUAUUUCUUUAUUUUCAAAUAAUAAUGAUUCUUCUUGAAAGUCUUUCAAGUCUUAAAGGCUGACGUUAUGAAACAGAUGUUAUAGCCAUCGUCAUACAGAUGUAUAUUACUUCAUAAUUUCCUAAAUUUAUGAGCUACCAGUGUGUAUCUAGGGGUUGCCAUUUUUGGAUUGACGACAAGUUGAAACUGGGAUUUUUCCCAUGUCUGGUGGAGGCUAGAAUCAUUGAAGGCUGGAUAGAUCUCUAUUGGCUGGGGGAGUAUGCAUCUCUGACAUGACUGUGUUUUCUGUCUAUAAUUAGAACACUGACGACAGAGAUUUGAAAAAAAGCUGGAAAUGAUUAGGGUUCACAUGUUUUGAAAUGGGAUAAUGUCUGCAAAGGAAUUAUUAGAGAUGACUAUGACAAGAGACCAUUAUGAUUGCUGCUGUUGGGUUUCCGAUCAGUCUGCAGAUCAUCAAUUUCCCCUGUUCGGAGCACGUAGUGUCAAGUGCACAAACAUCUUAGCAGCACUAAGCUGCAGCUGGGUGAUGGAGUGGAUAGUUUCUACCACGGAACAAUGAGCGGUGUGCAAGAGCAGGCUUCUUUAAUGGCUAUUUAAAGUGUUUGUGAUCUUCUUGUUGCCGCUGGAGGGGCUUAUUCCUAAUUUAGAAUAUACAUUCCUAGUGAACCAUUAAAUUUCAAAAAUCGCAAGAGGAGAAAUUUUGGAGAGUCUGAGCACCUUGCAGAUCGAGGUAAUUGCAUAGUUAAUUUGCAUGCGAGAGAUUACUGUAAGUCUCUUGAAUCAAAAAAUUAAUUAUCGUAUCAAAGGUUGUAGCUCUCUGUGUGUUCUUUAGUUGCUCGUCAGCCUCAAUUCGUCUCUCUCUUGCUGAUGGAUCUUACUCCACAUAAACACGGCUCUAGAUUGCUACUAUUUCAUUCGCUUCUGCAUCUGAUGAUUCCCGCUACUUCUUUCAUGCUGGGUCUCAAAAUUUGAUGCUUCAACAUUUUCCUAUUCUUAGAUGCAUAAAUUAUGGCAACCUACCUUUCCAUAUGUUCAUGAACAUGCAUGGGGCUUUGCAGGCUAUUGCUUUUUUCUCAAACAGGAAAGAAUAUUUUGAGAAGCUGUCUGCACAUUUUGUUAUCCAACUAGCAAAGAGCUCUUGUGAUGACCACCUACACUCUGUCUGUUGUGCGAUUGUGAACUGGGUUUUUCAGAGACAAGGCCCUCAACCUGCAAGAAGCAUCUACCAGCGGUAUGUUGAAGAUCAAUCUUCAGUCAGCUCAUAUCGACUUUUUGAUCUGCAGGCCUUUGAAAUAAAUCGAUUUCUAGGCCUUUUUUCCCUACCUAGUUACCUCAUGAAAAAAUGUUCUUAUUUCGUAAGUACAUCUGUUGGGUCACUUCAUUGAAUAAUGCUGCAUCAGGUUGGAAUUUUUUCUUUGGAAAAAGUUUCUUCCGUGUUAUCAUAUGAUAAUUACACUCAUAAUAUGCAUGAGUUUUUGUUGACGACGUGCUGGGUUUUCCCCAAUCAUGCAGACUUCUAUCCCUGCCCCGUCCAAGCCUAUCGUUCUUCAUGUAUUGCAUUGAGUUGGAAUCGAAUCUUGCAACUUCUGGGGAUAACAGUGCUAUUCCCAGGGCUCGGAAGGUCUUCGAGUCUGCCCUUUCCAUAUACAGCAAAACCCCCAAGCUGUGGAAGGAUUACUACACCUUUGAGACAAAGGUAGACAAUAACCCCCCCCCCCCCUCUCCCCCCGCCACACACAAUUUUAGUAAACCGGAGGAUCUCUGGACCCACUCAGUCUUUUCCCUUUUUGUGUAGUCCGUUUGCUUCACUGUUCAAGAUCAUUCAUGAUGGUUUUGUUCAUCCUUGCUUGAAAUCCGGCAGGUGGGGACAUCUGAGACUUCAAGCGCUGUCUACUGGCGCUGUCAGAAGACGGUCAAGGGCGCGAUCACGCUCUCAGACGAUCUGUGA